AAACUUGUAUAUAUAACACAUUAACACGUUACAUACUCCAUAAAAACCUUAUUAGAAACCUUGCUUUUAUUCUUCCCAAAUAGAAUUCUCUCCAAUUUCUACUACUUCUACAAGAAAUCUUAAAGUAACUGGACGCGGUUUAAUCACGCGUCCAGUUACUAGAGAGAAUCCUAAUCAAUUUUUGUCAUUUCAAAAACAGAAUUAUUAGAAAUCCCAUGAUUUCUUGGGAGAAUCUAUACCAUGUAUUGUCCAACGUGGUACCACUAUAUGUCGUAAUGAUCUUAGCUUAUAGCUCAGUAAAAUGGUGGAAAAUAUUCACCCCGGAUGAAUGUCUAGGGGUUAACAGAUUUGUAGCCCUAUUCGCGGCUCCAUUUCUAUCUAUCAAGUUUAUCUCAAACAACAACCCUUACGCGAUGAACUACCGUUUCAUAGCAGCAGAUACGCUACAAAAAGUCGUAGUCAUAUUUAUCCUAUUUUUAUGGUGUAAGCUAAGUUCAAGAGGCUCGCUAGAGUGGUGCAUCACACUUUUUUCUCUUGCGACUUUAACAAACACGCUUGUUAUGGGGAUCCCUUUGUUAGAAGGAAUGUACGGCGAAAAUCCAUCUAAAUCUUUAAUGGUGCAAUUAUCUGUGAUACAAUUUAUUAUUUGGUUUCCUUGUUUGUUGUUCUUGUUUGAAUAUAGAAGAGCAACGUUAUUAGUCCCACAAAAAUGUUGUGAGAAUGAAAUUGGUUUAGGGUUUGAUGAGGAGAUACGAAUUGGUGUUGGUGAAGCUUCUCUUCCUAUUGAAUCAAGUGAGAUUGAUGAGGCUAAUAGAAGAGGUAACCAAAAUCUGACUAAUGAUGGUCACGAUCAUGAUCAUAGAGGGGAUACUAACCCUAAAGGCUCAACUUUGCAAGAAUUGGGUACUAGAUCGACGAUGGUUGAUCAGGUCCAUCCUGAAACCGUGGCUCAACUCGAACUCGAACCCAAACCCAAGGAAACAAUCCCUGCUGGUGCGGCAACCAGGCUGAUUUUGAUCAUGGUUUGUAAGAAACUAAUGAGGAACCCUAACUUUUAUUCUAGUGUUAUAGCCCUUAUUUGGUCCUUAAUCUCAUUCAGGUGGCAUGUUCAAAUUCCUGCAAUUGUGGACAACUCAAUUAAAAUUCUCUCUGAUGCAGGAUUAGGGAUGGCAAUGUUUAGUCUUGGUUUGUUCAUGGCUUCACAACCAAGGAUCAUUGCCGGUGGGAAUGCAUCGGCUGCCCUUGCCACGGCGAUGAGAUUCCUCGUCGGCCCUGGUAUUACGGUAGCUACUUCAUAUAUUGUGGGGUUAAGAGGAACCCUGUUACAAAUCACCAUCAUGCAGGCAGCUCUGCCACAAGCAAUUGUCCCUUUCAUCUUUGCUCGAGAAUACAAUGUUCAUCCUGGCAUUCUUAGCACCGCGGUUAGCUUUGGCAUGUUGAUAUCUUUACCAAUUACAUUGGUUUAUUACAUCUUAUUGGGGCUUAUUAUAAAGUGACAAAAUUAGCAAUACCAUGUUGAUAUCAGAGAGUGAUGCGUGGUUAUGUAUAAUGACUUUGUUUGUUUUUAUGGUAUGUUAAGUUGGAGGGUCGGGACCCUUCAUGGAUUAAUUUAGCCCAAAUUAGCAGGCUGGACAAUUUGGGAGAAUGGAGGAAAAGGUAAGGGAAUCUUUUCCCCAAGUUGUCGUUUCUAGUGGAAAUUGAACCUCAAAUCUCAUGGUUAGAAGGUGUUUGUUAUCCUAUCCACUAGAUCAAGCUUAGUUUGGUAAUUAUGAAUUGAGAAUUGUUGAGCGGAGAAUAUCAAAGAAGAGAGAUAUAUUGAUAAAUGCCCCAGAUUGUACCUUGUAUGUAAGACAUAUUAGCUGCCAAAUUCAAGAUAUCGACCCUUUUAUGGA